AUGGUUAGUUUAGUAGGACGUGUAUAUAGUUGUUCGCUGCCUUAAGUAUAUCAUCGUUGUUUUUCGUCUGUACUACAUCCUGUGAACAAUUGGUUUACUUUUAUCUAUGCAGUUUGUUUUUUUUGACGCAACUGACCAAAAAUAGGCAUAAAACCACCGGAGACCAGAUUGGAGCUAUUUGUUAUGAAGAUGGUGUAUAGAAGAGGUGAAUUCUCGUUUCCGAUGUAAUGGAGAAAGAGUCAAGUCGAAGUUAAGAAUUGUUUUGCAUGCCUUUAAAGCGACACCUGAAUGAAAGAAAGUGUUUCAAAUAAUGCAAUAAUAUCUACGAAAUAUUUAUUCGAUGCUUGUGGUUAGUUUGUAUUAAAUACGUGUCUAGAAAUGUGUGACAUAAGGCAUGAACAUUUGUGAAGGACCCUAAGCAUGUCCGCCUCUAUGAAACAAUCUCCGGUCUAUGCUUCGUUAAGCGCAACGACGAAAAACAUGGGCGGUCAACAAAAACUUGUUCAAAGAACAAAUCAUAUUCAAGCAAACACUCUUUAUUCGUCAAUGAAUUUCCUGUCGAAGCCACAAGCUGACCCAUCUGAUAUAAUUUAUUCGUCAUCGACAGUUUUUGAUUCUCAAGAGAAGCAGGCAGUUUUAAAAAUUACAGAAAAGUAUGACACGUUGGGUUUAAAGCGCUUGUCUAAAUCUUUAAGCUCCCUUUCAUUCUCGAACUCACCAGGUGGAUCUGAAGAUUCUGAGGUUAGCGAAAGUCACAGCAUAGACUCAGAUUUAACAGAGGAAGACUUGUCUCGGAUAGAAAUGUUUUUCCGAAGUCACAAAACGUACAUUUAUGUAUGUCAUUCUUUAGCCAACUUGUAUUUUACACGACUGAAUAGUAAUGGAUGUGUUGGAGAAUGGGUGCUUGAAAAGACUGGCGUUCCCGUACUUCUAUUUGAUAAAGGAGAUACUCGUGCUAGAAAUCGGCGUAGACUUCAGAUCGUUAUGGCUGAGAAGGGCACGGGUUUUGUUCUUUGGCGGGACAUAAUUGAUAAUCUUACUAAUUAUAAAGCCCAAGAAGAUUGUUUUCAUACACUAUAUUUAUCAAACGAUCACCGGCAGAUGGCAGGAUUAAGUUUUGAUAACUCUGCUGCUGCCGUGCAUUUUUUUGACGAAAUUGACCGUUUGACGUCAGAUCCGUUAAACAUCUCUCUAUCCAUACCGAAGAUGACAAGCAAAACUCGCAAGAAAAAACCGGUGAAGGUGAGAUUGCCGAAGAAGUGUGACAUAUCACAGCCAUGCUGUUUCCAACACGUAACUGCAGUAGAUAUGCAAGACAAAGAACAGUUUUAUACUCUGUCAACCUUAGUGCAACACAUGUGUAAGAAGAACGUGUAAACAUUGACCUAUUUUAUCUUAUUUACUUACUAAUAUUUUUUUUUAGAAAUCUUAAUAUUCAUUAACACAGAAAACGAGAUUCAUUUUACAAGUUCAGGAUGUCCAAGAGCUUGAAGGAGCAAAGUUGUUGAGAGAUAAACGACCUAUUAUUGACCCUUACGCGGUCCUUUCAGUACUGGUCUAUAAUGUGCGUUUGUACAGUUAUUAGUCCAAGUUAGUCUACAAAUAUGUUACAUAUUGAACAUAGGCCCACAGGUGGGGAUUUUCAUCAGUGUUUACCUUUGAUUCCUGGAAUUCACUCAUAAGCGGCGACAACGAAGUUUGACAAGAUUUACCAAAACAGGGCCAUGUUGUUAUCAUCAGUCCAGUCAUUUCAUCAUCAUAUCUGGUUAUCAGUUUCAGACUCAAAGAAUAUAAUCAUGGAUAACAAAACAGACAUAUCGUUAGCUCUUGUUGAGACAAUAAAGUUUACUGGAUGUUGAUAUGUGCAUGGUACUUUGUAAAAUAUGCCAUCCAGCUAUGAACUUAUUAUGUGUUCUAAUAAUACAUCGAAUACUCUUACAGUUGAAAAAAAUUGCUGAAACUCAAUAACUGUAAAUGUAUUACAGUUAAUAUAGGAUGCAGCCUUUCGUUAACCUUUAAAAGUGUACUAAAAACUAACUACUGAGACGUAAAUGUUAUAAAAUUAUGCAUUUUCGUAGGACAAGACUUUUAAAACAUUAUGAUUGGUUACAUACAAGUACAGUUGAAGUAUGCGAAGAAAAUGAGUAGCAAGUUUUAAUAGUUUUUAGAAUAAACUAACGUCUGUACCAUGAUAUCGGAACACAAUGAUAUUCGUUCCAAGAUUUUUAUUGUAUACUCAUGAGUCACGAAUAUUCUUAAGGCUUACUAUAAAAACAAGCCUAGUUGUUACGAGUUGUACCCAGAUGUUUUUAUUGCCACUUUAACAAAAUUUCCCACUUAUUAAUAGCAAUUAUAAAAUGCCUGAAUAUUUAUGAACGCACACCGAUUCGUGUUAGACAUGUUUAGUGAGAAAAUCCACGAAGAAGCUUGGUCUGAAUUUGUCUCGUUCAAAUGAGCUCGAAAUUGUAUGUCUACUUAUAACACCAAUUUUCUCUAGUUUUCAGAAAUAAUGUUAGUAGUAUAAUGAAAUAAGUAAUGUCAUGUUUUUAAAAUCAUGUCAAAGUUUUAUAUUAAACAUGAGACCGAAUAAUAAAAUUUCUCGAAUUUUUGUUAUUUGAUGAAGUGAAUCUACGAGAACGGCAUAUACAAACUUAAGAUUCUAAUUUUGUUUUCACAGACUGUGGAUGGAAGAUACAGUUUAAUUUUUGAGUGAAACUACAAGGAUAAAGGACGAAAAAUAAAACUCCUUUCGUUUGAUAUCGUCAAACUAACUUUGAGUUAGAAAAAUAAAUGUAAAUAAUAAUACAGCACCUUACGAAUAUAAUGUAGAUUAAUUGGUGUUUGGAUUUUAUCUACGACUUAAUACCCAUGAGCUCCAUCUAAAUAUUUGAACAUACAUACAAAUAUAUAAUAAAAAGCUUCGCUUCACCUUAUGAAAAUCCAUACUAGAGUAUUUUGGAAUAAUUAUUUUUUCUUGAGAUAAUAACAAAAUGUGGUAGAAUGUCGUAUUUGCAGUUUCAGGAAAUAUUUGUGAUGGAAUUUAAUUUUGUAGAAUAACCGUAAAAAGUUUCAUGGUAUUGUAAAGAAAUGUGAGUAGGUGAACAUUAAGGUAUUUUUAUAGCUAAUAUUCGUGUUUGUAAAUCAUCAUUAUAUAGUUUUGUUUUUUAGAACUACAGAAUUCCGCCAAAUAAAUUGUCCACUACUUAACAAUAUUUGUGUUUUUAAUAGCAAAGCCACAUUGAGCUAUGUGAUGUGUCCACUGAGGGGAAUCGAACUCCUAAUUUUAGCGUUAUAAUUACGAAGACUUAUCGCUGCCCUAACGGUGGACUCACUAUGUAGCAAAGAAACGUCAUCGAGUAGAAACAAUGGUGAUAAUUUCUAAUUAUAUCAUUAAUCUAGACAACUAGAAGUUGUAUGAAAUAUUUUUUUAUAAAAUUGAUAAUAAAAACUUUGGUACUUACUAUAAAAUUGUCAUCCUAAUAAGUUUUGUGUUGGUGUCACAAACUAAGUUUUAUUCUAAACCUUGAUUCACCAUGACGAGGAUGAUUACUAACUCGCCCAUUAAUGCUUAGACUAACACCUACGAUCAGGUGUAUUUGGCAGAUUUCUUUAAAGUGCUAAAUUUCGUACGUAAAAUGUUUAAAUGUUAUAUUCUAGAAUUAAUCACUUAUUCUCACUAGCGUACCCUCGAAGUGAACUUAUUUAUCACAUAUUUGAAAAAUUUAUUUUCUUAAUAACGUUUAUCUACAAAAACCUUUUCGGUUGGAGCAGGUCACUAAGUGCGAAGUUACUGAUUUGUCUUUUCGCCAGUCACGAGGUUUU